AAAAAUUGUUUUCGGGCGAGGAGGCGCUUUCCCUUCUUUCUGUCAUCGUCAGUUCGGCUUUCUGCCACAUGUAUAUUACAUCAGAUUGUUAAAAUCAACCUUUUCGUGUUAAAAACCACGUAAAAACGGCGAUCUUUAAUCAAUCAAGAUGGUGUUAACGUGUCGAUUCUACAAGGAAAAGUACCCGGAGGUGGAGGAUGUUGUGAUGGUGAACGUGCGCUCGAUCGCCGAGAUGGGCGCGUACGUGUACCUGCUCGAGUACAACAACAUCGAGGGUAUGAUCCUGCUGUCGGAACUGUCCCGGCGGCGCAUCCGCUCGAUCAACAAGCUGAUCCGGGUGGGCAAAACGGAACCGGUCGUCGUGAUCCGUGUGGACAAAUUCAAGGGCUACAUCGAUCUGUCCAAGCGGCGCGUCUCGCCCGAGGACGUGGAAAAGUGCACCGAGCGGUUCUCGAAGGCCAAGGCGGUCAACUCGAUCCUGCGGCAUGUGGCGGACAUGAUGAAGUUCACCAACGAGCAGCUGGAGGAGCUGUACGAGAAGACCGCCUGGUACUUUGAGGAGAAGUACAAGAGCAAGGCGGCGUCGUACGACGUGUUCAAGCAGUGCGUCAUUGACCCCGCCCUGCUCGACGAGUGCGGCCUGGAGCCAGAGGUGAAGGAGCUGCUGUUGAGCAACAUCAAGCGUAAGCUGACCUCGCAGGCCGUGAAGAUCCGCGCCGACAUCGAGUGCGCCUGCUACGGGUACGAGGGCAUCGACGCCGUCAAGACGGCACUCCGGGCCGGGCUGGAACUGUCCACGGAGGAGCUGCCCAUCAAGAUCAAUCUGAUCGCGCCGCCACUAUAUGUCAUGACAACCUCAACACCGGAAAAGGCCGACGGGCUGAAGGCGCUCGAGACGGCGAUCGAGAAGAUCCAGGAGUCGAUCGAGAAGCUCGGCGGCGUGUUCAAAGUGCAGAUGGCGCCGAAGGUGGUCACGGCCACGGACGAGGCCGAUCUGGCGCGGAAAAUGGAACGGGCCGAGCAGGAGAACGCCGAGAUCGACGGGGACGACGAGGAGGACGAGGACGAGGAAGGAAUUUCAUACAAGCUGGAGGGCGAAGAGGAAGAGGGCGGCGCGGACGGUGAAAGCGGUGAAGAGGGGGAGGAUAAGGAAAACGACAAAAAGGAAGAGUAGAACACCAGCAAAGAAGUUUUCGAGGGGGAAGAGUAUUGUGUUUGCGCGGACAAGCUUCUGCAAACCCGGGGGUCUAAACUACAUUUAUUGAUUUUUGUUUGUUAAUUUAAUCGGAAUAACCCACAUAAACAACACUUACAGUCCAACACUAUCUUUGUUCUUUCCAAGAUUUGUGGUUUUUGUAAUUCCGCAGAGAGACGAUCCUAGGUGUAUUCUCCAUUUUUUUUACUAUUCAAGUAUCGAAACACAGCAAAUAGACUAGGCGGAAACGUAUGAAAAUGAAAAUAUACACAAUUCAAAUCAUAAAAA